ACUGUGUUUGUGUGUGUGUGUGUGUGUGUGUGUGUUACCUCCACAGUGAUCGUUGCCGAGGUAACGCAGCCGUCUCUGGGCGUGGGCUACGAGCUCGGCCGAGCCGUCGACAUGAAGAAGAAGAUCCUGUGUCUCUUCAGACCGUCGUCAGGGCUAUGUCUGUCGGCGAUGAUCCGCGGCGCCGAGGACGGCGAGACGUUCACCGUUAAAGAUUACAGAGAAGAAGAAGUGGAGAAGGUUCUGGAAGAGUUCUUCAACAACCUGAAGAUCAGCCAAUAAAAUAAAUAAUGC